AUGCCGACUCCAGCAAGCGAGCCAGCGAUAAGCCAAGACCGUGUUGAGAACAGCGAUGAUGAAGGAGAAGAUCUCCAUGACGAGACCCAGCUGGCAAGGGACUACAUGCCCGUGCCGGAGUUGGAUACUUACGACCAGGAGGACCUCGAUGGGUCGGAGUAUUCACCCAUGUCGCCUUCAGCUCGCAUUGCAGCUGAGGCUCAGAUGCGAAAGAGAGAUCGAGAUACACAGAAGGCAGCCGGCAGAGUCCCCCGAGCUCUUCGUGGGUUCGAUGACGACGACGAGCGCCCGUCGCGUCGCCGCCGCAGGGAGAGGGAGGAGGCGGCUGGGCUGGAGUCUGCAGAUGUCUCGGUGAACAUUGAGGACCUCCCAGAGGGAGUUUCGCUCCCGGACUUCAUCCAGACGGACAUCGCGAAGAGGGAGAUCAAGAGGCGAUUCGGAGUGUUCCUGCGCACCUUCACGGACGAGCAGGGGAGAGCCGUGUACCGUGACAAGAUCAAGCGGAUGUGCGAUGCGAACAAGCAGAGCUUGGAGGUCAGCUACAUGCAUCUCUCAAAUGCUCAGCGCAUCUUCGGCAUCUGGGUGGCGGACGCCCCCGAGCCGAUCCUCGAGGUUCUGAACGAGGCGGCGAUGGACGUGGUGCUGCAGCUCUACCCCAACUACGAGGACAUCCAUAGCGAGAUCUUCGUGCGCAUCAUUGAGCUCCCUAUCACCGACAAGCUGCGAGAUAUCCGACAGGUUCACCUCAACGUUCUCGUCAAGGUGGGAGGAGUCAUCACAAGGAGGACGGCGAUCUAUCCGCAGCUCAAGCUCGUCAUGUUCGAGUGCGGCAAGUGCGGCCUCGUCUUCGGCCCCUUCUACCAGCAGAACGCUGCCAGUGACGUCAAGCCCGGGUCCUGCCCGGAGUGCCAGAGCCGGGGCCCGUUGAGCGUGAACCAGGAGAGGACGGUCUACCGCAACUACCAGAAGAUGACGUUGCAGGAGACGCCCGGGACGGUCCCAGCUGGGCGUCUGCCCCGAUACAAGGACGUGAUCCUCGUCGGUGAUCUGAUCGACUGCGCGAGGCCCGGGGAGCAGGUGGAGGUGACGGGCGUCUACAAGAACAACUUUGACUCCUCCCUCAACACCAAGAACGGCUUCCCCGUCUUCGCUACCAUAAUCGAGGCCAACCACGUGAGCAAGAAGGACGACAUCUACUCGCCCUUCCGCCUGACUGAGGACGACGAGACCAAGAUCCGUGAGCUCUCCAAGGACCCUCAGAUCGUUCAGAAGAUCGUCUCCAGCAUCGCUCCCUCCAUCUUCGGGCACGAGGACGUCAAGACUGCCCUCGCGCUCUCGAUGUUCGGAGGGCAGGCCAAGGACAUCUCAGGCAAGCACAGGAUCAGAGGAGACAUCAACGUCCUCCUCCUCGGUGACCCGGGAACGGCCAAGUCUCAGUUCCUCAAGUACGUAGAGAAGAGCAUGCCUCGCGCCAUCUUCGCCACGGGCAAGGGAGCGAGUGCGGUCGGUCUGACCGCCGGAGUUCAUCGGGACCCGAUCACGAGGGAGUGGACACUGGAAGGAGGAGCGCUGGUGCUGGCCGACACAGGCGUCUGCCUCAUCGACGAGUUUGACAAGAUGUCAGACCAGGACAGGACCAGCAUCCACGAGGCGAUGGAGCAGCAGAGCAUCUCAGUGUCUAAGGCCGGGAUCGUGACCAGCCUGCAGGCGAGGUGCGCGGUGAUCGCAGCCGCCAACCCCAAGGCAGGACGGUACAACUCGUCCAUGCACUUCCACGAGAACGUUGAGCUGACUGAGCCCAUCCUCUCUCGCUUCGACGUGCUGUGUGUGGUGAAAGAUACUAUCGAUCCCAUCCUGGACAGCCAGCUCGCGGACUUUGUGGUCCAGUCGCACGACAGGAGCCAUCCCGGGAAGCGAGCGGAGGCGGAGGCAGCAGGAGAGGAGGCGAGCGACGAGGGGGAGGGGCCGAUCCCUCAGAGUCUUCUGAAGAAGUACAUCGUGUACGCCAAGAAGCACGUCAGGCCCAAGAUCAGCCAGAUCGACAGCGACAAGGUCACGAAACUUUACGCGGAGCUGAGGAGGGAAAGCGAGGCGGGGGGAGGGAUCCCGAUCGCUGUCCGCCACGUCGAGAGUAUUAUCCGAAUGUCCGAGUCGUUUGCUAGGAUGCACUUGCGUGAGAUCGUGAGGGACGACGACGUGAACUUGGCGAUCCGAGUCAUGCUGGACUCCUUCAUCUCCUCCCAGAAGUACAGCGUGCAGCGCAACCUCCGGCGCUCCUUCCAUCGCUACCUCGCCUUCCAGAAGGACAACAACGAGCUUCUCCUCUACAUCCUCCAGGCCAUGGUCAGGGACGAGCUCCAGUACACGCGCUCCCGCAACUUCCUUCGGCUGCAAGAGGAGGAGGAGAGGGCCAAGAACAUCGGCGUCCACCAGUUCCACGACUUCUACGCUUCCCAGCUCUUCAGCUCGAAGUUCCGCCUCGACAAGUCGACCAAGAUGAUCGUUUGCUCGUCCUAA